CGACCAUUGGUCUCUGGUAACGAGUGGCAAAUAUCAGAAAGCAGCACGAACAUAAAAAAAAUAUCUUAAAAUUCGAUCUAAAAAGAGAUAAAAGAAUAUCAGAUUUCAGGAAGAAGAAGAAGAAGAAAAAAGCUUUCGGUUUUGUGUUCCCAUCGAUCUUGAAAGACUCAAAACUUGUCAAUGAAUCCUCAAGCUGUUUCGUGUAGCUUCGGCUUCGUUUCUGCUCCACUUGUUGUCUCUCCCAGAACUUCCCGAUUCGUAAUCCAAGCCAAAUCGGAACCAUCGGAGAAAUCAGUGGAGAUUAUGAGGAAGUUCUCGGAGCAGUACGCUCGUCGCUCAGGGACUUACUUCUGUGUUGACAAAGGAGUCACUUCUGUCGUCAUCAAGGGUUUGGCUGAGCAUAAAGAUUCGUAUGGUGCUCCGCUUUGUCCUUGCAGACAUUAUGAUGAUAAAGCAGCUGAGGUUGGGCAGGGCUUUUGGAACUGUCCUUGUGUUCCAAUGAGAGAGAGGAAGGAGUGCCAUUGUAUGCUUUUCUUAACUCCUGAUAAUGAUUUUGCCGGAAAGGAUCAGACUAUUACGUCAGAUGAAAUCAAAGAAACAACAGCUCACAUGUGAGAACUGAUUCAGAGAGAAAUGUCUCACUCACUCACCAAUGCAGCCUGUACAUUGAUACCCAUCAUCUUCUUCUCUUCUUCGUUCUUCUGUACAACUAUUUCCCUUGUCAGAUAAAUACUGUCUUUAGUAUGAUCUUGUUUUUGCAAAUGAUUACAAUGAUAUAAAAGGAUCUUACUUUAUGUUUAAAUCUUCAGUAAGCAUUCAUGAGAUAUUUGUUACUAAGAGGAUUUAACUGAUUAUGAAAUAGAAACAGGGCAUGCUUUACCA